AUGGACCCCGCCGCCACCGCCUCCCUGUCCGGCGCGCUGCCGCUCCCGUCCGACCAGGGCGCCGCCGCGUCGUACUGCGUCGACCCGUCCAUGGACGCUUCCGUCCUGCCCGCUGUCCCGCCCUCCGUCGCUGAAGCGGAAGCCGCAAGGAGAGGCCAUGAGGAAGAGGAGAACGCCGCCAUCCGGCUGGUGCACCUCCUCGUCACAUGCGCCAACGACAUCCAGGCGGGCGACUACGCGGCGGCCACGGGUAACCUGGCCGAGGCGCGCUUGGCGCUCGGGACGACGGUCUCGACGGCCACCGGGAUCGGCCGCGUCACCAGCCACUUCGCUGCCGCGCUGGGCCAGCGUCUCUCACGGGCGUCCCCGAGCGACUCCAGCGCCGCGCCCGACGCCGCCUCGUCGGCGGAGCACGCCGGUGAGCUGUACCGCCAGUUCUACGAGGCGGGGCCCUACCUCAAGUUCGCGCACUUCACGGCUAACCAGGCCAUCCUCGAGGCGUUUGAAGGCUGCGACCGCGUGCACGUCCUGGACUGCGCGAUCAUGCAGGGUGCGCAGUGGCCGGCGCUCAUCCAGAGCCUCUCCCUCCGCCCCGGCGGCCCGCCAGCCCUCCGGAUCACCGGCAUCGGCCCUCCUCCCGCCGCAGACGGAUCACGCGACGAGCUCAACGAGGUGGGCGUCCGGCUCACCGAGUUCGCGCGCGCCGUGAACGUACCCUUCUCCUUCUGCGGUGUCAGGGGCGACACCAUUGACCCGAUCCAGGCUUGGAUGUUCAAGCUCGUCCCCGGCGAGGCGCUGGCCGUGAACUCCAUCUGCCAGCUCCACCGCCUGCUGGUGGACAACGUGGACCCGAAUUCUGUGGCCGCCUUAUUCCCGGAGCCCAUCCACACCGUCCUCUGCUGGAUUACCUCCAUGCAGCCCAAGGUGUUCACGGUCUUCGAGCAGGAGGCGGACCACAACAAUCCGGCGCUGGUGGAGCGGUUCACCAACGCGCUCUUCUACUACGGCGCCUUGUUCGACUCCAUGGAGGCGGUGUCCGCUCACCGCCGCACCAACACCACCGGUGGCCUCGGAGGGGAGGCGUACCUGCAGCGGGAGAUCUUCGACAUCGUGUGCGGCGAGGGCAGCGGCCGUGUGGAGCGCCACGAGCCGCUCAACGUCUGGCACGGCCGGCUCUGGCGUGCCGGGCUUGCCCAGACGCCCCUCGGGCCGAGCGCGAUCCGGCGGGCUGCGGGGCUGCUCCGUUCGUUGUGCGGAGCCGGGUACCGCGUGCAGGAGCGCGGCGACUUCCUCACGCUCGCGUGGCACGACCGUCCUCUGUUCACGGCGUCCGUAUGGCACGCACCGCCGACGAACAAUGUGAUAACCCGCCUUUUCGAGCUAUUAAUGGGUGAGCCUGAAGCUCAGCCGACUGAGGGUGAGACUGGAGCUCAGGCGACUGAGAUUUAG